AUGUUGUCCCGGCCGACCUUUAGCAUCCGGAAGUUGAUCCCGAGCCCCCAGAAGAAGCCUGAAGGGCCAGAGGAGGGUUACGAGGGAUCUUACUUUUAUCACGACGAUGACGAGGAUAUGGACACGCUCAGCAAGAUCAAGACAUGGAGACCACCGAUGGGUUUGAUGAAGCGUCACAAGCCCAGCAUCGAUAUCCGGAGGAGCGAGGACCUCCACCGUAUCAUCUGCAUCCCGCCAUUGCCUGAUACGCCGCAGUCGUCAACUACUUCUUUGUGCAGCAUUGACAAUGGGGCCACCGGUUAUGUUGUGUCCGCCAGCCCUCGGUCUUCGCCUCCUCGCCGUCCCGACAGGAGUCCUUUGGCAAGCCCCCUAAUGAGCCCACAAAGGAGUCCAGAGAGGAGUCCGCUUCUCCUACCCCAACAAUUUGAAGAUCAACAACAGCCGCCACGAGGCAGGAGUCCGGUCCCAGUUCACACGCUUCAGGCUCCUCAACUGACACCUCCUUCAUCCCCUCCCCAACAAGCAGAGAUGGCCCUAGAAACGCCCUUGACCUCACCGGAUACCGUUCCGUCAACACCUGCAACCUACAACAGCAAAACACCCGUAGACAGCAAUGGUGCUGCCGUCUCUUCUCCUGACGUCCAGCUUCUCACGCCGGAGUCAGACGAGGCACCCGCUCUCAACCAGGUCCUGAGCAACGCGAAACUAUCUGACCAUGAGCUAGACAAGUUCCCGAAGCCCAAGGAUCCGUCGCCCGUAUCGGGCCCUGUGCGCAGAAAAUCACAGCGGCGGAGCCAGGGCUCGGUCAAAUCUGUCAAGUCUCCAACAAAGACGUCGAUGAAAGACCCUUUAUUACCGGCACAAGCCCGACUCCAGUCCAACUCACGGCCGAAGCGGGCAAAGUCAAAGAAGUCUCGGAGGAGGCCACGUGCCCCGGCAAGGCAAUCGUCCAUGUGGCAAUUGACCGAGAGCGCCAAGGACUUGUUUACGAUACGCAUCUUCCACCGGAUUGAGGUGGAUGAGAUGCUGCCCGAGAGCACGCUGCGGGAGAUUCGCAUGAGCAGGGCCGCUCACUGGACCAGAUCUCCCGAAUUGGGCGUGACCCAUGUCGACAGCAAAAGCACAGCUGCCGCACCGAUUGAACCGCUCAGUCUCGAUGACUCUCCCGAUGCCGCGAUGGGGGAGGACGUCGCCACGCCCCGUGCGUCCGUCGUGGAACAGGGGGCGGUGAUUUAUGAGGAAGACUGCAAGACGCCUACGGCGCCUCCAGAAAUGCAAUUAAUGACGGGAGAAGGUGUUAACGGACAGGCACGGGUUGAGGAGCAGGCCGGAGAAUCGCAGCCAGCUAUGCAAUUACCGGAUUCACCGACUACGAAGUCCUACGACGGAGACGAGGAGGACGGGACUCUUCCGAUCAUGAUGAUGGUGGAGGACGACCCGACCGCUCAACCCCAGGUGGGCGAGGCCAAGCUGGCCCCAUCACCAAUGCCGCCGAUGAAGGCUCCUAUGCAUCGCCGCAUGCCGAGCAGGCAACUACCCCCGCUCCCGACCAUCCCCGAGAUCGUAACCACGGCACCCGAGGAAGUACUGAUGUCACCAACUUCGGCGCCGCCCCUCGGAUCCGCCAGCAAGCCAAACACAGACGACUACCUCUUCCUCGAUAGCAACCCUUGCACCCUGACCAUGCCGGCCAUCCGACAUGGCCGGAUCCGCCUGUCUAAAUCCGAUCUACCAAUCAACAAGCUGGCCGCGGCCGUUGAUGACACGCUCGAUUGGACGGCGUUUCAGAUGGCCAUCCUCGGUGGCGCGGGCGACUUUUUCAGCGAGCCGACCGACUACUCGCGGCCGUCCGAGGCGGAGCUCGACGAACUCGAACAGCUGGCGUCGUGGUACAGUGAGUUUGGUUUUGACGGGGCCGGCAGCCUGGUCGGACCCAGCGAACCGCGCACACCUACCCAGCCGUGGACGCCCGUCCUGCCGCGGACUCCCGUUUUGUCCCCUCCCUCCCCGACCUCGACCCCGAACAGCAGCCCGCGCACCGUCGCUACCCGGAGUCCCGGCAUUCGGCGGAUCGACCCGCCCGUCGCAACCGACGAACGCGGCGCCAACAGUUUCCCGCUAGGUGACUCCAUCGCCGGCCGCUUCUUCCCUUCCCCUUCCCUCGCCCCCGCCGGGCCAGGCUACUCCCGCCAUCGGCGUAGCGCCAGCAGCACCACCUUCGGGCAGACGCCCGCACAACACAAGCCGAAGCUCACGCACUCGGCGUCGUUCGAGAGCCGCAACCACGCCGGCCUGGCCAUCGACUCGACCCGGCGGCCGAGCGUCGACAGCAUCCAGAGCCUACCGCAGAGCCCCAUGAUGGACCUGGUAGUGAGUCACGAUGUCGAGGGCAACGAGUACAUGGUGCCGAUGGGUUUCAACCUCAGCCACGACCUGGGUGACUUCCUGAACUGGCACGCCGAACACGUCUCGGGCGCUGGGUUUGGGCCGGCCGAGGGCAACCAGAUUUAA